CUUCACCGAAGCCAUUCUGGACCACUUCGCCCCCGUGUCCAAGCGCACGACGUGGAAGCAGAGGUACCAGGUGAACGAGGAGUUCUGGGGCGGCCACGGGUUCCCGAUCUUCCUCUACAUCGGAGGAGAGGGCCCACUGGGCCCCAAGGCCAUCACCAACCGCACCUUCAUCUACUACCUGGCAGAGCAGCACCGAGCGCUGCUGCUCGCUCUGGAGCAUCGGUUCUAUGGCAAGUCGUACCCGACGGAGGACAUGAGUCUGCCCAAUCUGCAGUAUCUCUCCAGCGAGCAGGCGUUGGCCGACUUGGCGCACUUCCACGCCUUCGUGACAGACAAGUACGGGCUCACAGACGAGAAGUGGGUGGCCUUUGGAGGAAGCUACCCGGGCAACUUGGCGGCGUGGGUGAGGUUGAAAUACCCGGCGCUGUUUGCUGGAACCGUGGCGAGCUCUGCGCCGGUUCAUGCCAAGACGGACUUUUACGAGUACAUGGAAGUCGUUGGGGACGGACUGAGGUACUUUGGAGGAGGCGAGUGCUACCAUGAAGUGGAGCAAGCCAUCACGCAGCUCGGACAGCUCAUGGACGGCGGGAAGGAAGACCGCGGCAAGGUGGACGAGCUCUUCAAGCCGUGCUACCCGAUGGCCAACGAGUUCGACGACUCGGUGUUCGAGACGUCGGUGAUGGGGGCGCUCCAGGACAUUGCUCAGUACAAUGCCAUCCACGAGGGAGUCAUGACGCUGGACGAGGUCUGCCAGCACUUCGCCAAGCCUGGAGAUGCAGUGGAGAAGCUGGCGUCGUUCAUUGAGAAGACGCGCGUUGGCGACUGCCUCGACUCGAAGUUCGAGGGUGCAGCUAAUGGGACCGUGGAGGUGCUGAGCCGCGACCAGUUCGACGGCAAGAGCAGCGCGCGCCAGUGGGUGUACCAGACGUGCAACGAGUUCGGCUACUUCCAGACCACGACGAGUGUGCGCUCCCCCUUCCACGCGCUUAAAGCCGUCACGGAGGCGAACGUCGGCACGGAGAUCUGCAAGCGCGUGUACGGCAUGAACGUGGCUCCAGACGUGGCCGGCGCCAACCUCGACUACGGCUCGCUGGGCAUCGAGGUGGAGCGCGUGACGUUCCCGAGUGGCACCAUCGACCCGUGGCACGCGCUGGCCGUGCAGAACUCGACCAAGCUGCACUCGUUCUCGGCCGAGGCUGUGUUCAUCGAAGGCACCGCGCACUGCGCCGACAUGUACUACCCGAGCGAGCGAGACUCGCCCCAGCUGCAGUGGGCGCACGACAAGAUCGCCGCGCGCGUGGGCUGGUACCUCCAAGACGUCGACUACGCCGCUCCAAACGCCGCGCCCCUGACCCCGGAAGAAGUGCAAGCCGUCGAGUAAGUGUAAGGUUAACACGAUAACGUCCACUUUCGUCGACUUCAACGUCCUCUCACGUACCACAUCAUGGCUACAUUCAUGUACAUCACACAAUACGUACACAAUACGUACACACUAAACACACGUCUGUUGACUGGUGCGCAGCGAGCUCCCCUUCCCUCUUGACCUGGUGUGUAUCAUUCCUCGAUCGCUGCACGCUCCGACCAUGGCUUCGUACGAGACGCCGCGCGUGGACGUGAACGCCAACGGCUGGGGCCCCACGGCGCUGCCCGAGCAGUUCCUCAACAUCCCCUACGCGCCCUUCAACAAGGGCGACAAGCUGGGCAAGGCCGCCGACUUCGUGUCCAACUACGCGCCGCGCGGCUCCCGCUACGCGCGCGACCCGUCGGGCGUGAACGCCGAGUUCCAGUACAAGCACGACUCCAA